CUGGAGUUCCACUUCCACUGUUCGAGAAAAGGAUCCACAAACAAACAGCAACCUAUUUUGAGUUUUACACUCUCGUUGGGAUCGAGCACCGUAAGGAAAUCCAUGUCGCUCCGCAAGUUUAUUGGGACAUGGAUGUUCGUGUUCCUCGUGAUCUCUCCUGCCAUCUUCAACCCCUGCACGGCCCACCUCGAUCCCCGUUGGGCAGCUAAGAAGAAGCACAUGAGAGAGAAGGUCCGCAAGAUGUUUUACCAUGCAUAUGACAACUACUUGACCUAUGCAUUCCCGCAUGAUGAACUAAAGCCUCUUACUAAAUCUUUCACUGACUCCCUUAGUGAGCUUGGAAAUCUGAAGCGUGAAUACUUGCCACAAGACUAUAGUGGAUCUGCCCUCACGCUUAUUGAAUCAUUAUCCAGCCUUGUGAUUCUGGGUAACGACACUGAAUUUGAAAGGGCAGUACUUUGGCUUUCUGAAAACCUAACAUUUGAUGUUGAUGCAAGGAUAAAUCUUUUUGAGUGCAACAUAAGAGUUCUUGGAGGGCUUGUUUCUGCUCAUAUGCUUGCUACUGAUUCUACAAACAGGUUGGUUCGUGGUGCUUACGAGAAUCAGCUGCUUCUGUUGGCUGAAGAUUUAGGGAAACGCUUUCUACCUGCAUUCGACACACCCACCGGGUUGCCAUAUGCAUGGAUUAACUUAAAGUACGGAGUGAUGGUGAACGAGACUACUGAAACAAGCACGUCAGGGUGUGGUUCUCUGAUUCUUGAAAUGGGAGCCUUAUCACGAUUGACUGGCGACCCUACAUAUGAAUCUGCAGCUUUACGUGCUCUUCGUAGGUUAUGGAGCAUGCGGAGUUCAUUGAAUUUACUUGGAACGACGCUGGAUGUCGUAACUGGGGAAUGGAUUGAGUAUUCAUCUGGUAUUGGAGCUGGGGUUGAUUCAUUCUAUGAGUAUCUAUUGAAGGCCCAUGUUCUUUUUGGAAAUGAGGAGUUUUGGAGAAUGUUUCAUUCUGCUUACCUUGCAGCGCAGAAAUAUUUUAGACAUGGUCCAUGGUACCAUGAAGCGGAUAUGAAAACAGGAAAAGCAACUUAUUGGCAGCUUACAAGCCUUCAAGCAUUUUGGCCGGGCCUACAGGUUCUCGUUGGGGAUAUUGCAGCUGCUAAUUCAUCGCACCGUGAGUUUUUCCACGUAUGGGAGAGGUUUGGAGUUCUUCCUGAGAGGUAUUUGCUGGACCAUCAAAUGCUGCAUCCUACAGAAAAAUACUAUCCUUUGCGCCCUGAAUUGGCAGAGUCAACAUUCUACUUAUAUCAAGCCACCAAAGAUUCAUGGUACUUAGAAGUGGGUGAAUCCAUUGUUGAUUCUCUUAAUUUAUACACCAAAGUGGAAGGAGGAUAUGCAAGCAUUAGAGAUGUAACAACUAUGGAGUUGGAAGAUCAUCAACAUAGUUUUUUUCUUGCUGAAACGUGCAAGUAUCUAUAUCUUCUGUAUGAUGAUUCAUUUUUGGUUGGUCGGAAUUUUAUUUUCACAACCGAGGGUCAUCCGCUUCCAGUGUUAAGUGAUUGGCAUGAAAGGCUUCCACAGACCUAUAUUCCAGCAAACUGGACUUUUGCCCAGAGUGGAAAGCAAGCAAGACGGGCAAGUUCAAUGUCUUUGCAAGUCUGCCCUGCUACAAAUUUGAAUGCAGGGGGACAUGGUGACCGACAGGUCGAGAGCGCUUGCCAUAUCUGCGAUGCUCAUACCGACCACAGGUGUUUUACCGACGAAGAAUGCGGGGUCGAUUCAACUACGUGUAGACGAAGAUCAUGUAGCAUGGCUGGUUAUUGUGGACUAUGGUUGUUCAUUUGAUACUCAGAUAUAGCCAUUUUUUUUUUUAUAAAACUACAAAUCCCCCAGUACAAGAAACUUUGGUCCACAGAGGUAAUUGUUCUGGCAGGUUUGUAAUCUAAUUCCAAUGUGAGAAAGUAGGAAAAGGGUUGAGAAUAUAAUAUUACAGGAUGCAGAAAUUCUUCAAAGUUGCAUUCUUUUUCA